AAAAAAUUACACAAAAAAUAGUUUAAAAUGUCUUCUUCUGAUCUUAGACCAAUUGUCUCGUUUGAAGUGGUGCCUGAGCAUUGCAUUCGAAAUGAUCAACUUGAGCUGAUUUUGGGCACCCCGAUAAACCAGGUUAUUAAUGGAAUCCAAAACGUCUACAGAACAAUUAAAAAUGUGGAAUUAACUUAUUGUACAAAGGAACCUUUUGGACGUGAUAUAACAAUUACUCUUCAAAAUAAUGGCAUUCGAAUGUAUUUUGAUUCGCACAGUCAAGUAUUAAGAAUGAUUGAAUUAUUCGAUUUUUCACAUGUUACUCUACACUAUUGUCAUAAUGUAUUUUCAUCUCCGGAGGAGCCUGCAGAUGUUGGAAAAGUUGAAAAAUGUUUUGGGGCGACGGUUCCUGGAGUUUACGACGAAAAACAACAAAAAUACAUUAUGAAUUGGCGAGGCAAGUUUUCUAGACUCUCGUUCUGUUUCCCAGCCAAAGAAAGCUCUUCAGUUCAAGCUAGUUAUGCUCAUGGACUAAGUUCACUCAGUUUUGCAAGUUCAGCACUUCCUCAACUUGAAAGAAUGACUUUAUUUAAUGGUCUAUCUCCUGCUAAAAUGAAAAUAGUAUUGGCAGAAAAUAUAAAUUCGGAAGAUGGACGUUUAAUUGGACUUAAAAUCAAGUUUAAAAUUGAAGAAGUAACUGAUCAUUCGGUAGAUGAACUUCAAUUAGUUGAAAUAGAAAGACCAAUAUUUUUUAAUGAUACACAAGAGGCUGUAAUGACUAAAUUGGGUGCUCCUUCAAAAAUUUAUUACAAAUCUGAAGAAAAAAUGUUAAUACAACGAAGUACUACAGGCUCGGAGAGAUUAAAUGAUGGAGAAGAUGACAAGGCCGAUUUCUUUUUUAAUUACUUCUCGUUGGGAAUGGUUGGUUUAAUCUUUAAAAAUUUUUAAAAAUUAUUUUUGGGGGUUUAUUUUUAUCAAAAUAUUUUUUAUAAAAUAAGGGGGAAUGAAAAAAUAAAAUUCUUUUGAGCUAAAAUAUUUGUGAAAGAAAGAGAGACAUUUGAAUUAAAUAUUUUUUUCUUUUAUUUUUGGGGGACAAUAAAUUUUCAAAAAAAUUUCGAAAAAAAAAUCAAAAAUUUUCGAAAAAAUUUUCAAAACAUUUUUAAUUCAAAUGAUCUUCUUCUCUUUCUCAAACAAAUUUUUGAGAGAAUUUUUUUCAAAAAAAAUUUUUUUUAUUUAAUUUAUCAAAAAGUUAACAUAGUCCUUCUCUCUUCUUCUUCUUGGGCAAUUAUUCUUCCUUUCCCAAAAGUUUUAUAUUCUUCAUAAAUCUUUUUUUCUUUUUCUCUUGGCGUGACGCAAUUAUUAUUAAAAUAAUUAUUAUUUAUUAAAUUAUCCUCUUUCAAAGUAUUUUGUUGAAUUAGUAAGGGUUGUUGUUGUUGAUUUAUUAUUCGAAGCAAGUUAGUUGGGGGAAGAGGUUGGGGUAUUGAUAUUUGACUUCUUGAUGUUGAUUGGGGGAUUUGACAUUCUAAUAGUGUUGAGGGAGGUGAAUUAUCUGUGAAUUUGAUGAGGGAUGUAAAAUUAAUUUUUUUGAGAUGAUUUGUUUAGGGGAAAUGUUAGAAGAAUUUUUCUUUGUUUUUACCUAAAUCCUUAAUUUUUGAAUUUUUUGAGAUAUGUUUAGGAUUUUUUAUUUUUGGGUUGGAAGGGAGAGGGCUGUAUAGGAUUAAAAAAAAAUUUUUUUUAAUCUUUUGGUAUUUUUUGUGUUUUUUGGGGGAAGAGGGGGGAGUAGUUAGAUAGUGUUUUUUAUUUUUGGGGAGAUGUUUAAGGUUUUCUUUAUUUUUUAUCCUAAUUUUGGGUAUUGUAUGUUUUGUAUUAAUUUUUU